GUAAAUAAUGAUGAUGAACAACAACAAUCAACAACUGCAACCUCUUCUUCAUCGGAAGGUAUCAAUACAACCUCCGAAGAACCAUCUAAAAAAUUAAAACUCACGAAAUAAUAAUACUGACAAUGAUGAUGACAAUUCUUUGGAGACUAUUCCAAGAUUUGAAGUAUUUAGAUUGUUACGUUCCUAUGGUGAACCAAUAACGUUAUUUGGCGAAACUGAUGAAUUCCGAUUGAUACGUUUGAAAAACAUUCAAACUACUAGAGGUGAAUUUAUUGGGCAACAAAAUGACUUUGCCAAAGCAUUGAAGGAAAGAGAACAAGAAGUUGUGGAUGAAGUAGCAAUUGGAGAAGCAUCAUCUGAAGCCAACUCCUCAAAUAAGGACAUUGUAAAAUAUAUUGGAGUGAUACCAAAGAAACAAGAUGAGGAUUCGUAUGAUUUUAUUUUACGUGUACUGAGACGACUCAUGAAGGAAUGGAGAUAUAAAUUGGAUGAUUUGCCAGAACAUGUUAAAAAAUCAGCAAAAGGUAAACAUGACGCAACAAUUUACAAGCAAACAAAGAGUUAUAUCAAGCCACUUUUUAAAUUAUUGAAAAAGAGACAAUUGGCAGAUGAAAUUGUUCAAUCUUUGGAACCAAUUUGUUCCUUCAUGGCUGAGAAGGAAUAUGUAAAAGCAAAUGAUGUUUAUAUGGAGCUUGCUAUUGGUAAUCAACCUUGGCCAAUUGGUGUUACCAUGGUUGGUAUUCACGCUAGAACUGCGCGUGAAAGAAUUGGUUCAGAUAAGAUUAAGCACAUCCUCAACGAUGAAGAUCAACGAAGAUAUGUUCAAAGUGUUAAGAGAUUAAUGACCCUAGCUCAACAAUUGUAUCCAUCAGUUCCAAGUAAAAUGGUUGAAUAAGAUGUCUUUUC